UACAACUUCCCCACUUCAGAUUUCAAGACAAAGUAUUGUCAAUGGCUGGAAUUAAGUUUGCUUUCUUUUUUGCUGCUCUCCUCCUGGCGAUUGUUGUUAAUCCAUCCAUGAUCAGCUCGCCGAAGAUGAAAGUGAAAGCAUUGAGAAACUUACCCUUAGAUAUGGAUAUGGAAAUGGUUGAAAGAAAUCUAUUGUUUUCAAGACUAAAAGACGAUGGUUGGCUAACUUGUAAGAGACCUUGCAAUCAGAUUAGUGAUUGCUCUGACGGUUGGCUUUGCGAUUCAUGUGGAUUUCCUGUCUUAGGGGAUAGAUAUAUGCAAUGCCUCAUUCCUCCAGAAUCCUCAAAGUAUGCUCAAGUGAUUCCAACUGCAUUCAUCGCGGGAGGUGAAAACCUGAGUGAAUAGCUCUAAUAAAUAAAUAAAUAAAUAAAUAGAAUUGCAUUUCUACAUGUGUUUAUGUUGCUUUUAAUUUACCUACUUUGAGUGAAUAAGUGACGACUAAGA